ACGGUUGGUCCCUAUGGUUUGCUCUUACUUGCACGCUUCGUCCCUGGAAAGAAUUUUUAACUCGGACAAUCCCUAUAACUUUAUUUCGUUACCCGCCUAGUCCUUCAGUUAACUUUCCGUCUUAUUUGGGGUUAGGAACUACUCACGUGAGUGGCACGCUGGGGGCAUUUUUGUCCUUUCAACCCUACAAUAUAUUAGCGCCAUUUAGAAUACAGACCGAUGGUUUUACGAUUCCGAUCAUCGUCAAACCAAAACACACACAAACACACACUUGUCAGACGAAUUCCCUUUCUUCUCUCAAACGAAAACCCUAGUCGCUAGCUAAAACUUUGUAUGCUUUUCCAAAUAAUCAACAAUGCCGGUUUGGAAUUUAAGUGAAGCACGAGGACGGAUGAUCAGUGAAGCAGAAGUUCGUCUUCAAUAUGGUGAUCAUCCGACCAUGUUUUGCAUGCUAUUAAACCAUGGUGGAAAGUUUACUGAUUUUCCUGGAAGGAAGUAUGUAAACGGAAAGAGACAUUACGUUGACUUAAUAGACAUCGAGACUUUCUGUGUUCACGAUAUUGAUGACAUGAUGGUGAAACUUGGGUAUAUCGAUGAAAAUCUACAUGUGGAGAUGUACUAUCAUUUUCGAAGGCCACUGUGCGAUUUGGAUUUUGGCUUGUUUGCUUUAGCUUCAGAUGAUGAUGUAAGGCAUUUAGCAAAAUAUGUUGGCCAGCAUAAGCUAAUAGAGGUGUAUACAGAGCACGGGCAAACGAAAUUACACACAUACUCGAUGUCACCAAACCCAUCUAAGGUACGUAUAGUUGAGAUUGAUUGUACCCCAAAAAGAUUGUUUUUGGAAUGGCAUGAUACACAAGUUGAGCCUAAUGAUGUGUUGACAUUUGAGCCUAAUAGAAACAACCCUCCUGUUUCACCUACUAGAAAUGAGCCUUCAAUUGACAAGGUGGACAUGGUAAGUGAUAAUGCAAACAUCAUGGAAACUGAAAUUGAACAUAGUAGUGAUGAUAAUAGCAGUGGUGAUGAGAUCAACAGUGGUGAUGAUAGUGAGAGUCAAGAUGGUGACUUUCUUCUAGACGAAGACAAUAUCAUUGAUGAUGUUGAAGUUGACAUGAGAGAAUUCCACUUGAAUGUUGACCCAGAUGUUGAGUGGAUUGGAGGUGCUUCUAAAAGAAAGAAUCAUGUAGUUACAGAAGAUGGGAAUGAAGCAGACCUUGAAGUUAUAGAUAUGGAACUUUUCUUGUCCGACUCUUCAUCGGAUGAUGGGAUCGAAGGAGAAAGAAACAAAAAGAUUAAAGCUAUUAGAAGGGCGCAUGAGAACGAAAAUGCUCAAGUCAGUGAGCCUUUCUAUUUAUAUCAGAAAUUUAAUUCGUCAAAGGAGUUUAAAGAUAUGGUUAACCAACAUGCAAUAGAUACAAGAAGGGAGUUGGAUUUUGAGAAGAAUGAUAAAAACAGAGUAAGGGUUGUAUGCAGGGGAACCAUAACAAGCCUAGGUGGUGGGACCGGUCAAGAAGUAGUCAAUGAAGAAGGUAAGUGUCCUUGGGUUCUUUUAGCCAGUAAGUGGAAACACGACAAGGAUUGGACAGUUAAAACAUAUGUUAGUGAACAUAAAUGUCUUCAAACAAGAAAGGUUAGGGCUUGUGAUUACAAGUUUCUUUCAAAGCAAAUUCUACAACUGGUGGAAGCAAACCCAAAAAUUCCAGUCAAGGCUUUAAGGGAACAACUUCAACGUAUCUACAAAGUAGAUAUUUCUAAGAUGAAAGCCUUUAGGGCAAGAGAAGCAGCCUUAAAAAUUAUCAGGGACUCAAAACCCAGACACCACUAUCAAGCUUGA